AUGACCGACUUUUGGAAGUUAGAAGAAAUCAGUUUUGAAAAACCAAAAGCAAAACAUGAUAUUCUAUGCGAAAAUCAUUUUAUUAAUAAUAUUAAACGUGAACCUAGUGGUCGAUAUAUUGCUAGGUUACCAUUUAUUAAAGGCGAUCGUACGCUGGGUGACUCUAGAGCAGCAGCCUAUCGGCGCUUUCACGCAUUAGAAAAUAAAUUUAUAUCUAAUUCAGAAUUAAAAUUAGAAUAUCAUAAGGUAAUGCAAGAAUAUCUUGAUCUCGGUCAUAUGUCACUUGUAUCAGAUGAUUCUGAUCAUAGAUAUUAUUUACCGCAUCAUGCUGUGAUUAAAAAAUCCAGCUCGACUACUAAGGUUCGAGUAGUCUUUGAUGCAUCUGCUAAAUCAAAUAAUAAUAAAUCACUUAAUGAUAUUUUAAUGACAGGUCCUACUAUUCAAAAUACCAUUUUCACUCAAUUACUUAAAUUUCGUUCACAUAAAUAUGUCCUCACAGCUGACAUUGAAAAAAUGUAUCGUCAAAUUCUAUUACAUAAAGACGAUCGAGCAUACCAAAGAAUACUUUGGCGUGUGGGCGAUCAAAUUAGAACUUUUGAAUUAAAUACAGUAACCUUUGGCAUAACUUCUUCUCCAUUUUUGGCUAUCCGCACUAUUCAUCAAUUAGCUGAUGAUGAAGCAAAUCAUUUCCCACGUGCUGCGCAUAUUCUAAAAAACGACUUGUAUGUUGAUGAUCUUUUAACAGGUGCAAGUAAUAUAUCAGAAACGCGUCAGCUUCGUGAUGAAAUUGUUAAAUUAUUAAAACGUGGUCAAUUCAAUAUUCGCCAAUGGGCUUCUAAUGAACCAAAAUUGAUAGCAGAUUUAUCUAAUGUCAAUGUUAAUUCUAAUUUUUUACUCGAUAAAAAUUGUACCUUGAAAACUCUCGGUAUUUCAUGGGAAGCAAAAUUUGAUUGGGCAGUUCCACUGAAACCACCUGUGUUACCAGUACUACCUAAUUUACCAGCAUUAUUUGAUUUCCUAGUAUCACUACCAGUACCGUUCAAUUUACCAGCAUCACUUAAUUUAUCAGCCCUGUCAACAGUACAAAUUGAUUUACCAGUAUUAUUUGAUUUAUCACAACCAGUACCAUUUGAUUUAGCAGCAUCACCACCAGUUGCACUUUAA